GCUUAUUCGAUGAACAUCAAAAUGGAGAACAUUACCAAUUUCUCUCAUCUCUCAUAUACAUGGGAAUUUGAAUACUAUUAUGAUUACAUAGACCCUGUAGUUGUGGAUGAACACAAACUCAAAUAUAACAAGUAUUCAGUUGUUAUAAUAUUCUGGAUGUUUUUGGCUGCGUUUGUGAGUUUCUUUUUUGGAAUUUUGAUACUCAUGUCACACCCUAAGAACACGCAACGGUAA